AUGGUGACCCUUUCGGAACUGGCUCAGGACAUUCAGUCCCAUGUGGCCGUGAUUGACAAGUACCUGAAGGAGCACAAUCUCCCGCAGCCCACUUUCGAUGCCGAUAGCCCCAGAGAACUGCCCCUCGAUGCCAACGUGCAACGGGCGCGGAUGCUGCUCAUCGAACAGGCAUCGGCUCUGGCAAAUCUGGCGACCGGCUCGGCCGACCACUUGCGAUGGCACUGCAUGAAUAGCAAAUAUGACGACACGGCCUUGCACUUUUUGGCAGCGUAUAACGUCUUCGACGCAGUCCCGCGAGAAGGCUCCAUCUCGUAUGCCGAGCUUUCUACGAAGGUCGGCAUGCCCGAACACCGUCUGCGCCGGAUCCUAGCCCAGGCCUACACGCAGCACUACUUCUACCCGCCCAAGCCGGGCCACGUGGCGCACACGAGCAACUCCGCCAUGGCAGUCGGCGACACGCUGGCGCGCGCGUGGAUCCUGCAUAAUACCGAGGAAGUGCAGCCGUGGUAUGCGAACAAGCUGGUGGACGCGACCCGCAAAUGGCAAGAUUCGUAUAACCCCUUGCACACCGGGCCCAACGUCAACGCGAAGCCCGGGGAGGAAAAGUCGUUUUAUCAGAUAAUGGAUGGGGAUGACGAUGGAGAGUGGAACGGGGUAAAGGGCAAGGGGUUCCGUCUGCGGCGGUUGUACGACACGGAUCAGUUCUUUGGCACUGGCGGCGCGAUGAAGGGCACGAACAUCAUUCGGGCGUAUGAUUGGGCCAAGCUGGGAAGAGCAACUGUCGUCAAUGUCGAUGGCAUCACGGGCUACCUUGCGUCGACGGUGGCAUUGGCCUUCCCUGAGCUCACGUUUAUCAUCCAGCAGCGGAGUUCGCCGUGGUACGAGAAGCAGUUCUAUGAGAGUCUCCCUGUCAAGCUCAAGGGGAGGGUGAGCUACAUGGCGCACGAUCAGUACAAUGAGCAGCCAGUCAAGGGGGCGGACCUGUACUUUAUGAGCACGGUGCUGCACAAGGAAAACGACGAGCGGGCCAUCAAGAUAAUUCGGCGGUGCGUCGAGGCCAUGGACCCCAAGAAGAGCCGUAUCCUCACCCGCGACAUCGUCAUGGAUGGCGGCGACCCUCCCCCUGAAGACUGGGCUGUCAAGGGAGGAGGGGCGUACGACGCGGGUCUGGGCCCAACAGGCGUCAUUACCCGGCUCAACAUCGGCGUGGAUCUCCAGAUGCUCUCGGUGCUCAAUUCAUAUGAGCGCACGCGAGAGGAGUGGGUUGCGCUGUUCAAGAAGGCGGAUCCGCGGUUUGCUCUCAAGCAGUGUAUCCAGACGGUGGGUAACUGUGCCUCGUUGAUGGAAUGGGUUCUGGAGUAA